CCAGGAUUGUACAUUGACCUUCAGGUGGUGCUGGCUAAUCCCGUUAGCCCCAGGCAGCUGCUGUGGAAAUCCCAGCAGACCUGUGCUGUCCUUGCAGCACUUUGGAGCUUCACACGCCCGGCAUGAAGAGGCGGCUGUAGGCACACAGGAUGUUUAACUGGGUGGUGAAAGUGGUCCCCCAACCUCCCGAAGCUUCUGGAACAGAUGGAGCUGCCAAGACACCUGCAGCUGACCCCCCCAAAAACAGAGCAAAAACAGUAAAGAGUCCCCCACUGAAAAACAUUGACGAGGCUUCAGAGGACAGUCAGGGGGUCCUGGGCUGGCUGUCUAAUGGUUUUGUCAGUGCCCUCCCUCAGCCGUCUGGCUCUCCUCGGCUUGACAGAGCUAACUCUGAUGCCAGGCCAGGAGAGGAUGGAGAAAGGUCCCGUGUUAUGGGUUGGGUCGCUCAGGGUUUGACGAAGGUGCUGCCGCAGCCUGAUGACAAGUACAGAGAAACUGAGAAUUGUAAGGAAGAAGAACACACUGAGGUCUUUGAAGUAGCAACAAUGCCAGAUUUUGAUCCCCUCCCCCACAUCCCAGUGGUGGAGAUGGUGUCAGAAGACGAGGCGUCAGAGGACGAAGGUCUACUGCCUCAGAUCAAACCCAAGGUGGUCAGCUGGAUUAAACAGAUUAUCCCACAGCCUGUGCCCACUGGAGCUGUACCCGUGGAAACAGCAUCCAAGUCCUCACGUUCGUCCCUGGACAAAAUUUUGUCUCCACCGCCUGAAUCUCUGAGUGGAAUCUCACUGGACACUGACAGCAAGUCCUCAGGUGUGGUCGGCUGGUUCGUGUCAGGGCUCGGUCUGAAGCUGCCUCAGCCUGCCGUCCAGCACAAGGAGGACACUGAUGGUGCAGCUGAAGUUUUACAGAAAGCUUCAUCCAAACUCAAACCUGACAUGGUACUAGAAGACGUUGAGUCAGACAAUGAGGGUCAGCAAAAACAGCAGGAUUUUCCCAAAGCGGCAGCAGUGUCCAUGUCGUUGACUAAACCAACACCAACGCACCAACAACAGGCCACUCAGCAGACGCCGUCCAGCUCACUGCAGGUAGUGUCCAGACAAUCCCAGAGGUGUGGCGAUCCUGUUCCUGAACCCACAGAGAGCGCAACCAAAAUAUCCCUGGAAGAUGCUGAGACCCAGACAGGCCGCUGGACGCCGUUUAUCGAAAGCAUCAAGAAGGAGGCUGAAGACGUAGCUUUGGCUACAAUGGAGGAACGUCUGCUGCAGGAGCGAAUGGAGAUGGCCCGCAUGGCUGAAGAGGUGGCCAGACAAACAGCUGAGAUGGCUAUUAGGCAGAUGGCCAGUGAAGGACACUCCAUUAAACUCUCUCUGGACAGUCAGGAACUGCUGGAGGAGCCCGAAGCUGAGCUCGCAGUGCCACAGGACGAGGAGAGCGAAGUGGAGCACAGUGAAGCCACAGACAGAAGGGAAGCGAGACCUGCAGAGGAGCAGAAAGAAGAUACACAGGAACCCACUAUUACAGAACCAGAUCUGAAGGAGGAAGUUGAGCCACACCAGACAACUGUUUCUCCGACUCAAAGUCCCGAACCAGUUAAAACCGCUAAGCCGGAGCCAGACCCCGAAUCUGAAUCAGAAGAAGAACCAAAACCGAAACAAGCACCUAAACCAGAAACAGAAACUCAUAAAAUCAGUUCAGAGCCUGAGCCUGUGACCAAGCAGCCACAAAAGGCAGAGGACAACAGUCGAAGCACCAGCGCAGAUAAAACUGCUGAAAAAGAGCAAGAAGCCACUGGGGAUGAAUGUGGGGAGACCUCGAGCCUUGGCCUUCACCCGGCUGUUAACAUAGAGGACGUUGACUCAGACCAUGAGAGAAAAGAGCAAAGAGGAGGAGAAGAUGGAGGGGAACAAAGUCAUAUUCCUCAAAUUCUCACCCCACAGGACCCCAAGCUGACAACCCUCACUGUCCCUGUGACCCCUUCUGGAGGUCGCCAAAAUAGCGGAAGGAUUCGAAGGACUGUUUGGACAAAGAUUAGGAGGUUUCACUCUCAAAGUGAAGAUGACGAUGAAGAAGGAAACAUCCCAAUAAAAGCCUGGCCCAGUCAGUCUAGCCUGCACAGCACCGAUGAUCUCUUGAAAGAGCGUCCAGGGUCUUCAGCCAGUCAGACCAGUACGGUGGUAAACGAGCGACUUCAGGAGCUGGUCAGGAUGUUCAAAGAGCGAACGGAGAAAGCCAAAGAGAAACUCAUUGAUCCUGACAGCUCAGACGAAGACAGCAUCAUCCCCUCUCCUCCUCAGCCACCUCCUGCACAUCCGCCAGUGGACGGCGGAGAAAAGGAGACACAAGCUGGUACAUCGGGAGAAGGAGAUGUAGGAGAAGAAGGAGAUGAGAAUGAGGCAGAGGAGAAACAGCAUAGUCACUGCUGUGAGGUGAAAGCUCUUCGAUGGAUACAGGCCUGUGUAAACUACCGCUUCCCCGCCAGCAUCGACCCUUUCACCAAUCUAACAUAUGUGCUGUGGAUGUUUUUGGUCACUCUGGCCUGGAACUGGAACGCAUGGUUCAUCCCGGUUCGCUGGGCUUUCCCUUACCAGACGGGGGAAAAUAUUUACUACUGGCUACUGACGGACUACCUAUGUGACCUCAUUUACAUCCUGGACAUCACCAUCUUUCAGCCACGCCUCCAAUUUAUUCGUGGAGGGGACAUAGUGAGUGACAAAAAGGAAACCAGAAAAAACUACAUAAAAACCAGUCGAUUCAAGUUUGACGUGGCCAGCCUUGUUCCUUUGGAGCUCUUCUAUUUUAUAACAGGCAUCAACCCCAUGCUCCGUUUACCCAGACUCCUGAAGAUCAACUCUUUCUUUGAAUUCAACGAGCGUCUAGAGGCCAUCUUGGCCAAAGCUUACAUCUACAGGGUGAUCCGUACCACCACGUAUCUUCUUUACUGUCUUCACUGCAAUGCCUGUCUCUUCUACUGGUGCUCUGCCUUAAACGGUCUGGGAUCUACAACUUGGGUGUACAAUGGUGAAGGCAACAGUUACAUUCGCUGUUACUACUACGCUGUGAAGACCCUGAUCACUAUUGGCGGUGUCCCAGAACCCACCACCCUCUUUGAGAUGGUCUUUCAACUUAUCAACUACUUUGUGGGAGUCUUUGUAUUCUCUAUCAUGAUUGGACAGAUGCGUGACGUGGUUGGUGCAGCCACAGCAGCUCAGACCUACUACCGCUCCUGUGUGGACAACACUAUCAAAUACAUGUCGUCCUAUCGCAUUCCCAGAGAUGUCCAGCAACGUGUCAAAACCUGGUACAGCUACACGUGGCAAUCUCAAGGCAUGCUGGAUGAGCAGGAGUUGCUAGUUCAGCUGCCUGAUAAGAUGCGCCUGGACAUAGCCAUAGAUGUCAACUACUCCAUCAUCAGCAAAGUCCCUCUUUUUCAGGGUUGUGACAGACAGAUGAUCUUUGAUAUGCUCAAAAGCCUACGCUCUGUAGUCUACCUGCCAGGAGAUUAUGUCUGCAAAAAGGAUGAGGUGGGUCGGGAGAUGUACAUCAUAAAGGAAGGGGAGGUCCAGGUGGUUGGAGGACCAGAUGGGAAAACUGUGUUUGUUACUCUCAGAGCAGGAUCAGUGUUUGGAGAAAUCAGUUUGCUUGCAGUUGGUGGAGGUAACAGACGCACAGCAAAUGUUAUUGCUCAUGGCUUUGCUAAUCUCUUCAUCCUGGACAAAAAAGACCUGAAUGAAAUCCUCAUCCACUAUCCAGAGUCCAAGAAGUUGCUUCGCAAGAAGGCCAGGAAGAUGCUUAACAAAGGAAAGAAACCUGAGCCCAAAGAGGAAGCUAAAGAACCGCCUCAUGUCCCUGCUGCUCCUGUCAGGACAGAGACUCCCAAACUGCUGAGAGCUGCACUAGAGAUGACAGAGAAGUCUUCUGGACUUAAAGGGGCACUGGCUAAAGUGAAAGAGAAGACAAACAAAUCCAGCAUCUCGUUACAGCCAUCCAUCUCCUCCACCCUUCCUCCUGCAUCUCCUGCCUCCAGCACUGGACCCGACAGAGACCUAGACACGCCAUCGCCGAUCAAUUUCAGCUCUACAGCAUUUCGCUCUGCUUCCUGUUGCAGCAACCACAACUCUACCUUGCCUCACUGUGUAUCACACAGCUACAGCGACACAGAGGAUGCAUGCGGCGUGGACGAAGGCAAGGAGAACAUCAAUGAGGAGGCAAGGCUGAGAAAAUGAAAGAAAAGGACUUGUGGUAGUUUUUGAAACCCUGGGAAAAGAUGAGUGGUUGGGAAACCAUAAAGGAAAAAAGAAACUGAUGAAUUACAUAGACAAGAUUUAUGUCCAGAACAGCCUGGUCUUAAAUUUGUGGAUGUAACAUUUUAGUACUAAAAUAUCUGUUACCCUAUUUUCUCCUCUACCCACAUCUUUAUUAUUUCAUUAUUACGGUUGCGGUGAAGUUAGAAUCAUUUUUGCAUUGGGUAAUUCUGAAAUAGAAAAAUGCUCUGAUCAUAGCAGGUCUUAAACAACUAGCAACUCAGCUAGUAUGCCUUCUAUGCCUUAGAACCUACAGGUCUCAGUAAGAGUGUGAGAGUAAGCACUGUGAGAAAAGAACAGCACAAUUAGGCUUGUUCCACAUGUCAAAGAGAGCCAGAAAGGACAGCUGAAGAUGAGACCAAAAUGGAGUUGGUUGUACUGACUAUCAAAUCAUUUGUUUGUUAACCGACAAAUGAGACUGAAACAACAUGUUAUAUAUGUAUAUAUGUUGCAUGUCUUCUGAAUAUUAAGAACCACUGUGAUCAGAGGAUUUAUGUUUUACAUGUAAAAAAACAUAAGGAAAGGGAAGUGGACAGGGGGCAUUAACUUCCCACAUUACUGUAUAUCAUGUAACAUACGAGUGAGCCAUUCCUCAUCAAGUUAGCUCUUCACUAAUCAAGCACAGUUUCAUCAUCUACACUGGUAUCACAUGAAAAAAUAAUUGUAACGGUUAUGAUGGAAUACAAGAGGAAAUAGUUAAGCUUCAACUGAACUUAAAUGUUAUAAAUACAGAAAGAGAACAAAAUGUUUUUGCUGUUGUUGUUUGAUAAAUGUUUACAGAUCAGUGAACUUGAAAGUAACACAUGCCUUAUAUUUGUAGUAGUAUGCACUGAGCUGCUUUAACAUCAUAUAGUAGCAAUAUAUGUUGAUGUUGUAUAUGUUUUCUUUCUCUCUCACAAUUGAAAGUGUGAGCAUAGCAAGAUAACAUCAAUUAACCCCAUAUUACCUCAAAGAUGUAUAUUACAUGCUAAUACAUAAUAUGUACAUCAUCUAGCUAUUGCUUAACAUUUUUUUGUUUGUUUAUUAUUUUGUACAAUAUUGUAAAUACAUUUAUUUGUUUUUAAAUAGAUAAAUCCUGCUUUAAUUUCCAAACUAAUGUCAAAUUAAUUUACUGUCAUGAGAUUUAUAUGUUUUAGAAAUAUAAAUAUAAUAUAAAUGCUGUAAAUGUGAUUAGAAGUCAGUGAUGAUGUCAGAAGGAUCACUUUUGUAUUUUUGUGUAGAUGUUAGGUUUAUAAAUACAGCCCAGAAUGUGGGCUCGUAAACCAGCUAACCAAACUGCCACACUACUGUACGUGUGUGUGUGUGUGUGUGUGUGUGUGUGUGUGUGUGUGUGUGUGUGUGUGUGUGUGUGUAUAAAAUGUAUGUUUAGAGUUUAUCUAAUGUAUGUAGCUCUGUUUUUUGUGAGCUUAAAUAAAUUGUUUCGCUCUUC